GACUCACCCACAGAUAUAAAGCAGGAGCAGCUGGAGCGUCAGUGUUUGACUGAAGACACGGAGACGCAGGACGAUCAGGCACAAAACGUCUUCCAUACGUAGACGUGUCGUUGGUCUGAGCCGGGUGAUGAUCUGACCUCUGACCUGCCUCUGGGUUUUCUGAUCCCUCCGGUGGCCUUUGAAGGCGUGGUGUUGUCUUCCCUUCAGGUUGCAGCAGCGCGUGGAGAUGAAGCUGAACAUGUUGCUGUGGGUCGUGGCUCUGCUCGGUGUCUUCCUCCCUCGUCCCGCCGACUGUCGACUGGACAUCGCUCCCGCCAGACACCGCCUCCUCCUCCCCCGACCGCUGCUCCUCCGCCUCGGGGAGGAGUUCUCUCUCCGGCUUGGUGGAGGUGGACUUACCUCCUCUGCUGCUGCUCCAGACCUCCUCUCCUCCUCAUCUUCAUCGUCCUCUUCGUCCUCAGGGGUGAACCCGGCUCUGCUGCUGCUCACACAGCGCCUCCUCCUGCCAGAGAGGCAGGAGGAGGACGAGGAGGUGGAGGAGGAGGCCGUGGAGAAGGGGAAGAGGUCUGACGAGCCUCCCAUCUCUCUGGAUCUGACGUUCCACCUGCUCAGGGAGGUGCUGGAGAUGGCGCGGGCCGAGCAGAUCGCCCAGCAGGCCGACAGCAACCGCAAAAUGAUGGACACCUUCGGAUGA